AUGAUUGAACUUCCAAUUUUGGGAGAUAAAGUAGAAGACACACAAACUUCAGAAUACUUUGUAGAAUUUAAUGAACGAUAUGAGUUAAAAGUCUAUUAUUAUGAGGAAGACAAUAAUUUUAUGAUCAAGAUAUUACGCAUAAUAAGUCUUGGACUUUUUUCUCUUUUUGAAAAAUGGUUUGUAUAGGUUUAAUUGUUAAGGUAUCUUUGAUAUAUGCCAUAUUAGCUUUUAGAAGAGUACAGAGCCUUCACAUUUAUUGAUUUAAAAGUUAAAAGAUGGUAAACGAAUGAGCAAAGAUUAAAUCGUAUAAUGCAAAAGAGAUGGAGAUAGGAUUAAAUUUAAGUAUGAAUACAUAAAUUUUCUUAUCACUCCAUAAAAUUAAUUGUAAAAGUUAGAAAUGAUCAAUUACGAUUAUCAUGAAUUAACUAAAUAUGAAGCAUAACAAAGGUAAAUUUUAUAUGGUGAAAAUAUUAUGUAAGUUGAAGAAUGCACUAAAAGUUAAAUUUUACUAAACGAAAUAUUAUCACCAUUUAACAUUUUUUAACUAUUCUCAUUUAUUGUUUGGUCUCUAGAUGACUAUUACCUUUAUGCAAUACUUAUUGCAAUUUUAACCAUAAUAUAAAUUGUCAUAACUUUAUAUGAUUUGGAGAAACAAAACCAUAAAAUUAGAGAAAUGAUUUAUUAUGAAAAUGCUGUUAUUGUACAUAGAGAUCAUCAUUAAUUAAAGAUAUCAUCAAAAGACUUAGUUCCUGGAGAUAUUGUACAAAUUACAGCCAAAUCUAUGAUUACUUUUGAUGGUCUACUUACAUAAGGAGAAGCUGUUUUCAAUGAAGCAAUUUUAACUGGUGAAAGCACUCCAAUUCUUAAAACCAUUAAUAUAGAUAUCUUUAGUGGAUGUAGUUGUUUAUCUGCUAGUUCAGAUUGCAAAGCUUUAGUAAAAUCUAUAGGAUUUAAUACUGUUAAAGGAUCAUUAGCCAGAUAUAUAUUAUUUAAUAAUUCUUACUCUUAUUCAUUUCAAAAAGAAUCACUUAAAUAUUUAUUGGUUAUUGGUUUCUUGGGAAUUUUAUUAUCAAUUGCUAAUUAUUUUAUUCGUCUUAAUUCAACAUCCAAUCAAUUUGAAAGUUUUAUUUAAGCUUUAGAAAUUAUUACAAUUAUGAUACCUCCAUCAUUACCUACAGCAUUAGGAGCGGGUUUAUAAGUGGCAGUUUAGAGAUUAAAGACAAAUAACAUUUUUUGUAUAAAGCCUGAUAAGAUUAAUGUGAGUGGAAUGGUAAAUUUAAUAGGAUUUGAUAAGACUGGUACAUUGACUGAAUCAACACUUAAAGUUUUAGGAUGUGUAGAGAAAAAGUUAUUAUAAAAUGCUAAUCAUUGCAAAGAAAUGAUGUAAUUAGCAUUAAAAAGUUGCCAUACAUUAAUAGGAGGAUGUGGUGAUAAUUUAGAAAUAGCAAUGUUAGAAUGUUGUUAAUAAAAUUUUGAUUUUGAAUAUCAGAAAGUUUAUUAAUUUGAAUCAAAUCUUUAAAGAAUGACAGUAAUAAUUAAAUAUAAAGGAAAAUUAUUAGCAAUAACAAAAGGAUCACCAGAAAUAAUGGAAAGAUUAUGUUUUAAAACAUUACCAGAUUAAUUUGGCUAAACAAUAAAAUAAUAUUUAGAGGAUGGAUAUAGGUUGAUAUCAUUUGGAUAUAGAGAGAUAAAUAAUGUAGAAGAAGAGAGAAAAUAUAUAGAAAAUGGAUUAGAAUAUCUUGGAACUUUAGUAUUUGCAAAUCAUUUAAGAGAAGAUUCAAAAAAUUUAAUAGAAUUAUUGAAUUCAAUAAAUAUAAAUAGUAUAAUGGUAACAGGAGAUAAUAUAUUGACAUCAAUUAAUAUAGCUAAAUAAUGUUAGAUAUUGGAUCCAAAUUAACCUGUGAUAACUGGAUAAAUGAUAGAUGAUAAAUUAGUUUUUGAUAAUAAUGUAAAUAGAGAAGAAAUUGAGGAAAUGAAUUAUUAAGUAGCUUUAACAGGAGAUGCUUGGGAUUAUGUUGAUAAAGUAUUAAUUAAUAUUAUUUUUGAGUAUCCUUGAAAAAACAAAAGUGUUUGCAA